UUCUUACAACUUGCCGGUGAAAUUGACAUCGAUGAGAUGCUUAUUCACAUAACGACUCGAGAGAGAUUAAUGAAAAAACUCAAAAGCUUGACAACGUGGCCAGAUCACCGCCUUAUUGUUGAAUUGCUUCUAGAUAAAGAUGCUAACGUUAACGCUGUCGAUGAAUACCGAUCUCCGCCAUUUUAUUUGACAUCCCAGAAUUGUCAUAAGGAGGCUGUGGAGACUUUGUAUGAAGGAGGUGUCAACGUUGACGCAUUGACUUCCAGUAACUGGACAGCUCUUCAUGAAAAUGCAUCCAAAGGUCACUGCGAUAACGUGGAAUUACUGCUUGAUAAAGGAGCAAACGUAAACGCUGUAGAUGAAAACAACAUAACGCCACUCUUUCUAGCCUGCCAAAAUGGCCACAAGGAGGUUGUAAAGACUUUGAUGAGAAGAGGUGCCAACAUUGACGUAUUCGGUCACAGUAACUGGACAGCUCUUCAUAUAAGUGCGUCCAAGGGCCACAGCGGUAUCGUGGAUUCACUGCUUGGAAAAGGUGCAAAUGUUAACGCUGUUAGCGUCAAUAACAUAACGCCACUCUAUUUAGCAUCCCAGAAUAAGCACAUACAAGUCGUGGAGACUUUGCUCAGAAGAGGUGCCAACAUUGAUGCGUUGACUUACGAUAAAUGGACCGCUCUGCAUGCCAGUGCAUGCAAAGGCUACUACGAUAUUGUGAAUUUACUGCUUGAAAAUGGUAUCAACGUGAACGCGGUUGAUAAAGAAGGGGUAUCUCCGCUGUAUUUGGCAUGCCAGAAUGGCCAUACAGAAAUUGUGGAGACCUUGCUCAGAAGAGGUGCCAACAUUGAUGCGUUGACUCAUAAUAAAUGGACAGGUCUGCAUACAAGUGCAUUCAAAGGUCACUGCGAUAUUGUGAACUUAUUGCUUGAUAAAAAUGCAGACGUAAACGCUGUUGCCAGAGGUGGUGAGUCAUCGCUCUAUUUGGCAAGUUUGCACGGCCACAAAGAGGUUGUGGAGACAUUGGUGAAAAAGGGUGCCAACAUUGAAGCAUUGACCCGCAAAAAAUGGACAGCGCUUCAUACAAGUGCUUCCAACGGUCACUGUUCUAUUGUUGACUUCCUACUUGAUAAAGGUGCACAAGUAAACGCUGCUGGUGUAAACAAUGUGACGUCACUUUAUUUAGCCUGUCAAAAUGGCCACAAGGAGGUUGUGGAGACAUUGACUAACAGAGGAGCCGACAUUGGCAUACAAUUGGCUAACAAUAAGUGGACAGCUCUACAUGUAGCUGCUUCCAACGGUCACCGCGUUGUAGUGGACUUACUGCUGGAAAAAGGUGCCGUGUUCAACGCUGUUGACAUAAAUGACCACACGCCACUCAGCUUGGCAAUGGAGAACGGACACCAAGAUGUGGUACAGUCUCUGUUCAGAUGGUCCAACUGUAUGACUGGAACGAUGGAAUUUUCCCUUACCUAUUUGCUGUUGUCACUGUUGUUUUUGUUUUUAGGGCUUCUGAUUGGCCCCAGAAGCUGUACCUCAUAAGCGUCACUGACAGCUUACCCUAAAGUACAAAUCAAACAUCUGGUUUGACUAGAAUUUUCAUUAGUGUCAAACAGAUGUUUACUUUUGAAUUCAUUCCUGUGUAGUCGGCACCUCAUAUACACGUAAAAAAUAAGGCUAUCUAUCCAUAACGACUUUUACAAAUGGACUUGACGUACUUUUGUCUAGUCUUGUCAUCAACUCUUGUUCUUGAAUUUUAGCUCAACUAUUCUGCUUAGUUAAUUCCCGUACGAUCCUUCGUCGAUGUGCAGAGUAUCAGCAAUAUACUCCUCCACUUUCUUGGACUGUCACGCAGCUUAUGCUCUUAUCCAUUACAGGAUGACGUGCGUCAUCCUCUGUGGAGCCACCAUCCUGUGGUCCAAUAGCGACAGCUCUUCUCAGGGCUACGCAUGGUGUGGAAACAUCUGCUUGACGCACCAUUCCGUUUUUCUCAGGAUACGCGCUAACCACACACGACUUCUCGACAAUAACCACCAACAUCUUGAAACCGAUAUGUGCUCCCCGUAAUCAUUGGAAGCUAAUCCGGUGGUGAUCCAUUAUUGCCAAAGUUAGUCCAAACUUUUCUGUAUAGAGUUUAAGCUAUCCCGUACAAAUUUUCCGUCAUAUGCUCGGUUUUGACUGCUAGUUGCAUCCACCACUAACGGAAGCGUUUGACUUGGAUGUAUGUUAUCUGUGCCGUAAGUAUAAAUUUUAUUUAUUUGUUACAACAUUAUCUGAACUCGCAUCGCAUUGUACUUACAUUUGCUAGUCCUUCACGUGCAUAACUAAUCCUUGUGGUGUCAUUACAACUUCGGUAUCUAUGUUGGUUUGGUUGUCUAAUUAUCUAUGGUAAUGGUAGGUGGUUAUAAUAAAAAAAAUAUUGGGAACAGAGUAAACGUGUAACUUAUUGCUGUUAAGUGAAAUA